AUGUCACUCACAGUACGAUACCACUGGACGACGCCGUUGCGCUUAGCUUUGGUAAAAGCUGUGGAAAAACGUGAAAAACUUUGGAAAAAAUAUCCCGUGGUCACUCACAACAGCGAUUUGCGAGCAAAGCUCUGGGCAGAAGUAGCCGACGAGCUUACGGAACAAUAUGGCGUUCUCAUCGACACCGAAGACAUGAAGAAAACAUGGAAGAAUUUGAAAGACAACUAUUGGCGUAUCAUCAAA